CCACCGUAGAAGAAGCCAGUCGCUGCGCGUCUGUAACGAUGGCGGCCACCCUGAGAAGCAGCCUGGUAACAUUGGUCAAGGGCCUGAGUGCUCCCCGCUGGCAGCAGCUGGCCUCUCGACCCUUCGGUGUGUCUGCUGGCCGCUCUGGUCCAGAAGCCCCACCGGCGCGUGCCGAUGCCAUCUUCAAGGUCACGAUGUUGCCGGGUGAUGGAGUGGGACCUGAGCUGAUGACUGCCGUCAAGGAAGUGUUCAAGGCAGGAGAUGUCCCAGUAGAAUUUGAGGAGUUUCACCUCAGCGAAGUUCAGAACAUGGCUAGUGAGGAGAAGCUGGAGGAAGUGCUUACCUCUAUGAAAACCAACAAAGUGGCCAUGAAAGGAAAGAUUCACACACCCAUGGAAUUCAAAGGGGAGCUGGCUUCAUACGAGAUGCGACUGAGGCGCAAACUGGACCUGUUUGCUAACGUGGUUCAUGUGAACAGCCUGCCGGGCUACAGCACUCGGCACAACAACCUGGACCUAGUCAUCAUCCGUGAACAGACUGAGGGGGAGUACAGCUCCCUUGAGCACGAGAGUGUGACCGGUGUGAUCGAAUGUUUGAAGAUCAUCACCAGAGUGAAGUCGCGCCGCAUCGCCAAGUUUGCCUUUGAUUACGCCACCAAGAAAGGACGAAGCAAGGUCACCGCUGUUCACAAGGCCAACAUCAUGAAAUUGGCAGAUGGCUUGUUCCUGCAGUGCUGUGCGGAGGUGGCAGAACUGUACCCCAAAAUCAAAUAUGAGAACAUAAUUAUUGACAACUGUUGCAUGCAGCUGGUCCAGAACCCGUACCAGUUUGACGUGCUGGUGAUGCCCAACCUGUAUGGGAACAUUAUUGACAACCUGGCAGCAGGGCUGGUUGGAGGAGCGGGAGUUGUUCCUGGGGAAAGCUACAGUGCAGAGUAUGCUGUCUUUGAGACUGGUGCACGCCACCCCUUUGCACAAGCUGUAGGACGGAACAUUGCCAACCCCACAGCCAUGCUGCUCAGUGCAGCUAACAUGCUCAGGCACCUCAACCUGGAAUAUCACUCCCAAAUGGUGUCGGAUGCGGUCAAGAGGGUCAUCAAACAGGGCAAGGUACGGACACGAGACCUUGGUGGGUACUCUACGACUGGCGACUUUGUGCUAGCUGUUGUGGAAAACCUGCGUCACCGACCCGUUUACUAAGAUGUGUCGUCGCACCCCUCACUGAUAUUUCCCUUAAAUCUGAACUGUUCUUGACAUGACCUGCCCCCGAGUUAAGGCUCACCUCCCCCCGUAAUGCAAACUGACAGUUGUGCCACACGGUUUUGAGGGGCAACAUAAUGUAUUUGUUUUAUCAAUUUCGCCUUGUGUUAAAACUUUACUCAAAAAAACAUGUGCCACUCAUGAGGCCUCUUCUUUCAUCUUGUACAUCUACAGUACCACUCAAAAGGUUGGACACCCUCUAGUUUUCGCAUGUCCUUGUUCCGUCAGCUAUGUUGGCCAGACAGACGACCUGCUGUCACACAUAGUAAAGAAACUUGUCCGUGAAGCAACCAGAGGGUCUCCAACAUCAAAUUGACCUCCCUUUUUAUCAAAGUGCUGGUCAUAACUGAACCAUAUAUAGAGUAGCUACUACUACAGCUCAAUAUACAGGAUCUUUCAAUAUUUAUAUAUAAUCAAGAUCUACCAUAUGUUGAGGAUUACCCUUAUUAUCUGUAACCCUCAGAGAGGUGUUAUGUAGAUACUACAGAUUAAUAGCCAAAGAUAUGAUGUCACAGUAAAGCCAGUCCUCCAUCCAUUGAGACAGCAUCAACGGGUUGUUUUAUGAAUCAAUAAUCUCAGGAGUUUCUGAUUUGUUUUUUUUAGUCUUGCAACAACAUAUUAAAUGAGUCAUAAUUUUAUAUAAACAUAAUUUCCAAGGUGUUCUAUAAAAAGUGAUUUGUAUAAGACCGUGCUGCUUGUACAAACAGAACUUUCAAUGUCAGAAUUAAAAAAGCUGCUCCAAGUCA